AGAGGUGGAUAUUCUGGUGGAGGUGGAAGGGCAAGAUCUGGUGGAUAUUCAAGACGUAGCAGUGGUGGAAGUUACCGCCCACCGUCAAAUAGAGUCGGAAGCGCUCCUUCACUUGGUUCAGGAAAGUCUGUUGGAAGUAAUGCAGUACCACAUGGGCCACCACCAGCAUAUCCAGGGUUAGGAAAUCGACCGGUUUCAAGCUUAAACGCUCCACCACCAUACUCACCAGGUUUAUCACUUCCACCAAGUUACAAUGGUUUGAGUAGACCAAGUUCAGCUUUUGGAAAUUCGUUUGGAAGCAAAGGUCUAAGCGGAAACACUUACAUCAGCAACAAUUAUUACAAGUCAUCGCGACGUGGUGGCUUCACAACCUUUUUAUCAAGCGCAAUAUUCUACGGAGUUGGCAUGCAAAAUGGUUAUUUGCUUGGGCCGUACAACCCUUACAGACACGUUUGGAAUGACAAAGAUGACAGAGAAUGGAGAGCAACAACCAAAGCACCUUAUUUUGAGAAUAAAGUUCCUGGUUUGGAAAGUUUUCUUCCAGCUGCUGCUGUUGUUGGUGCAGCAACUGCAUUUGGAUUAGCUUCGCUUUUACCACUUAACGUUCCAGAAAACAAACCUUUGAUGUAUUGCAACACUACAGAAAUUGCACAGACGAGAAUCAAACUUUAUGAGAAUAUUUAUUCUUGUGUUAAUAAAUCCAUUUUGAUUUCAUGUCCCAAAAUUGAAGAAAAUUUAUCGGAAGUCGGAGUGCUGCCUGAAAAGCUUGCAGCAUUCAUUCCAACGACUACAACUGAAGCACCUGAAAAGGUUGAAAAGGAACUUUCAUUAAGUGCACGAAUUCACGUUUUCUUCUUAAAAGUUAUUGGAAAAUCCGACAUUAUAGAAAAGACAACAUUAGCGCCUGUCACUUCAAGCUCUCAGGUUGAUUUCAACGAAACAUUUUGGAUACCAGAACCACUGACAGUUCCACCAGAAGUUUCAUUAGAUGAAAGUUCAAACAAACAGAGAAUGAUUUCUACAGAUCAGCCCGAUUUAGAAGGUCGAAGUGAUUAUGAAGAAAAUCCCGAUGCAGACGACGCUCAAGAAUCAUUCAGU